AAAUCUGACCUUAAACUUGGAACUCGUUUGAUGAUCUUAUUUGUUUUCUUGCUUUCAUCUUGCAUAAUCCGUUAGAUUAUUGAUAUAUUAUCAAAUUUACCUUCAAUUAUUAAGCUUUUUGGGGAUGAUUUGAGGUAGUAUUAGAGCAGGAAGUCAAUAUUGAUUUCCACUUGUUGGUGCUAGAAUGUUGAUAUAAUAUUAAACUAAGAUGCUAACCCAGUCUUUCGUUUUUCUGGGGCUUCAGUUAUAUUGUUUCUGCAGUAGUUGAAAUCUUUGAAUUUUUUCAGUCUUUUGAGUUUUCUUCCGUUUGCGUAACUCUUGUUGCUGUAAUUGUUUUAAUGAUCUAGGUUCUUGAUUUUAUAUGUUUUCUCACUGGAGGGAAACAAUGAGACUGAUUAAUAUCGCCAUUCUCUGCAGGAUUUCUAUGCCAUUGCAUAAUUUAUUGACUAUAUAGUUGGAGUCGAUUAAUAGUCUUGGAGGUUUUGAAACAUGUAUGUGGUUGAGAGUAAAGGUGGUGCUAUAGCAUGUAUGCUGUUGGCGCUUUUCUUUUUGGGAACAUGGCCUGCACUCUUGACUCUCCUAGAACGACGGGGGCGUCUUCCUCAGCAUACUUACCUCGAUUACUCCAUAACGAAUUUAUUGGCUGCUGUGAUUAUUGCUUUAACACUUGGUGAGAUUGGAAAGAGCUCAGAUGAUAAUCCGAAUUUUAUCCAACAACUUUAUCAGGAUAAUUGGCCGUCCGUCAUGUUUGCGAUGGCGGGUGGUAUAGUUCUGAGUCUUGGAAAUCUUUCUACUCAGUAUGCUUUUGCUUACGUUGGCUUAUCAGUUACAGAAGUAAUCACUGCAAGUAUAACAGUUGUUAUAGGUACAACCGUGAACUACUUUCUUGAUGACAAAAUUAACAGAGCCGAGGUACUUUUCCCUGGUGUUGCUUGCUUUUUGAUUGCGGUAUGUCUUGGCUCGGCCGUUCACUCAUCCAACACAGCUGAUAACAAAGCGAAACUGGAAAAAUUUUCCGGCGAUAAAGAAAAAGGGUUGAAGACAACUCACGACGCUUCAUUUUCAAUAAAAGAUUUGGAAAGUGUCGAUUAUUUUUCACUAAAGGCAAAAGCUGGGACUGCAGACUUUCUGGUUGAACUUGAGAAUAGAAGAUCCAUUAAGGUGUUUGGUAAGAGCACAUUCAUUGGACUGUUCUUAACUUUCUUUGCUGGUGUUUGCUUUUCUCUCUUCUCACCGGCAUUCAAUUUGGCGACAAACGAUCAAUGGCACGCUCUGAAGGAAGGUGUCCCGCACUUGAAUGUUUACACUGCAUUUUUCUACUUUUCAGUCUCUUGUUUUGUUUUAGCCGUCAUUCUUAACGUCGUCUUCCUUUACCGCCCUAUAAUUGACUUGCCCAAGACAACAUUCAAGGCUUAUCUAAAUGACUGGAAUGGUAGAGGAUGGGCCUUGUUGGCUGGAUUCUUGUGUGGAUUUGGCAAUGGCCUGCAGUUCAUGGGUGGUCAAGCUGCUGGUUAUGCAGCUGCAGAUGCUGUGCAGGCACUUCCACUUGUGAGCACAUUUUGGGGAAUUCUUCUAUUUGGAGAAUACCGUGGAUCGUCCAAGAAAACAUAUGCUUUGCUCAUCAGCAUGUUGUUUAUGUUUAUGGUAGCUGUUGGUGUUCUAAUGGCUUCAGCGGGGCAUCGAAAGCAAUAGUGUUGCAAAAUCUCUAGAACUCUGUAGAAAAACACAUUUUUUCAACUACUUAGAAGGGAAUCACAGCUGUUUAAAGUUCUUAUCGGCCGUGGCGUACCAGAAAACUUACAAUCCUGAGACGAGCAAACUGGAAAAACAGUUAUUGCUUUUGACGCUAUUGUAGAUUAACACAAAAGAAUGUGCCGACUAAUUUUUUCAGUCCCAUGACAGCGAAGGAGUGGUUUGAAUUAGUUAAAUAAAGGUAACACAGUUGUUUGAAACGUUGAAAUUGUUAGUUGUACAAUGUAAUAAAGUUAUGGAAAUUUACAGUUUCUUCACCAAAAAUUAAAAAAAAAAAAAUUGAUUUUCUAUGUAUCCAGGUAGUGUAGAAGAUUUUUUAUUUUUCUUUUCUUUUGAGUAAGAACUGUAGAAGAUUUGUGUUUAUGUUAAUGUAAACCAGUUUGAAAUUCAUGUCACG